AUGAAGUUGAACCAAGUGGACCAAGGUAAAUCAAAAGGACUUGUAGGAAUUGAAAAACAAAUAUCACCUAUAGAAUCGUUGUUGCAUUUAGAUUCGGAAGAUGUUUGUGUUCUUGGAAUUUGGGGUAUGCUUGGUAUUGGUAAAACAACUAUUGCUGAAGAAGUAUAUCACAGGCUACGCCCUGAAUACGGAAGUUGUCUUAUGCCUAAUGUAAGAGAAGAAUCAGAAAGAUAUGGUACAAACAGUUUGAGGUUAAGAAUGAAGCUUUUAUCCACUUUACUAGAGGAAGAAGAUUUGAAAGAUGACAUGAUAAAUGGAUUACCUCCUUUGGUUAAGAAAAGGCUUGGCCGCAUGAAGGUUCUUAUUGUUCAUGACGAUGUCAAAGAUGCAGAGCAGCUGGAAGUUUUGGUUGGAACAGCUGAUUGGUUAGGUGAAGGAAGUAGAAUCAUCAUAACUAGUUGA